AUGCACCUUUCCGAAAUAGCCCAGGAUCCAAAGCACCACACUAAUUACAAGUAUCUCAGCCUCGGACACUUGCAAGAUAUCAUGAAGACAUAUGCCGAACAAAUCAAGCAGCUAAAAUUGCAGGAACUCAAUAAUUCCUGCAAAUAUAUGCACUCCCUCACCCAACUAGACGACUACAGUCGUCUCCUUAUGGCCAUAUCUGAAAAAGAUAUCCCCCGGAUCCACCAAAUCAUCAAUGUCACUCUACGUCAUGGUUCCAGCAUGCAGGAAAUCAUUAACAAGCUUGAGGAUGCUCUUGAGGGUGCAUACUCCCCUCGAGGUUAUGACACCAGUGACUUCGACAUUGCAAUUCUUAUUUUAAGGCUUGGUGGGCGGCAGCUCCUGUUCUCGAUGAAUCAAGUACUUGGCGUCCCAUCUCUCUAUACCCUCCGUUCCAAAUCGACCUUCACCUCAAUUGUGCCAACCAUCGGUCCUAUACAAGAUGAGAAGUUUGACCAGAAUAUUUGGAAUGUCGUCAUGACCACACAUGCACACUUGUCACUCGCUUCAUUGUGGGGUGUCAGUCUGAUGAUUGAUGAAAUUGCCCUUGAGGAGAUGGCAGUUCAUUUUAGUAAGUAUAACAAGAUCGGGGGACUUUGCCGGAAGCAUUCCCAUACUGUCAAACCUGUCCUCCACACAUACAAGUCCACCGUGCACAUUGCGCAAAAGAUUCAUGAUGGUGAACUUCACCUUGGGAAGGAACUCACAGUGAUCAGUGCCUCUUGCUUUGGUGAAGACAAGAUUUAUCCCAUUCUAGCAGCGCCUACAUGGAAGAAUGAAGAUGCUUCUGAUAUGGAACACAUACUUGCUCACGCCAUUGGUAGCUGGAACAGGACUGGCACGUCUAAGUCCAUCAGCCCUAUCUGGUCAUUAGCGACAGAUGGUGACGCGACUAGGCAUGCUGCUGGUCAUAAGUUAUUCAUCAAUUUUCCACUACCUCCUGAAUCACCUUUGUAUGGCACGCUCGUCAACUUGCAGGGACUCAAUCUAUUCACCAGCGACAGGGAAAUCAUGCUUGAUUUUGACUUCAAGCAUGUUUUCAAAUGCAUUUGUAUGCUUAUUUGGGCACCUGGGGGAAUGGUCCUGAACAAUGGCCAUGUGAUCAAUUCAAUGAUGCUCACACAGUAUCUGGUGUGGUUGCCCGCCUAUGACGAAGCAGCAGUAACAAAACUCCUUCACCCUGACAACCCCCAAGAUGUCCCUCGUGCUGUCAAACUUAUGCUUGCUAUCAUCAAGUUCUCACAAUCUCAGUGCCAUGUCUUGAAUGACUCGUUUUCCCUCGAAGUCGACACUCGUGCCGACCUUAUUUCAAUUUCUCUCCUCAGUGCGCUGCUUGAAUCAAUUCUUGCUCCCUUUAUUAAUGUCUCUCUCUGUCUGUCCAAGCAAUUCCAAUACCUCAGUCAUUAUGCGCACCUGGCUUCUGCAUUUUUUCAUGCUCAUUGGCACUCAUUCAUGUCCUAUCAGCUUUAUUAUGACACUCAAACUGUGGUGAAGAAUGCUUGCUUCUCUCUAGCCAAGCAACAGUCACUGGACCUGCGUGCUCGCUUUUACCUUGGUGAUGUCAGAGAUGACCCCCUCGAGAUCCUCUUCGGUCAUACACAUAUGAUUGGGGGACACAACUCUGCAUGCUCUUAUGCUCAGGCUAUUGAUCGACUUGGUGCUGCAAAGGAUAUCGACGGUGUUUUUAAACGUCAUCCCGAGCUUGAUCCAGGUCAUUGGCAUCUCAAACUUACACGCUAUGAGGGAGUUGAUUACAUCAAUUGUGAUAUCUGGAAGGGGGAUAUUGCUGUGAACAGAUGUGAUCUCCCACUGGCAUGGCGCAAUGGUUGUGAUUUGGCACUCUCCAUUCUUAUUACAUCACAGCUUGAUCCAGUUCAUUAUUCCUUCACCGAUCACUUCAAUAACCCUAACAUCGACAUGAUGCAUCCAUUUGGACAGAACAAAUACUUUGGCAUUACAACAGAGGAGGAACUCAAAGACCCUAGCCAUGUACCAGAACUUCCACCACCUGUCACGAGCUCACCACCCUCACAACGUUUGGAGACCAUCUUGUCAAAUGAGGAUGGCAAUAUGCUUCAGCUAGACGAGUCUAACAGACAUGAAGAAGAAGAAGAGAUCAUGCUGACAUUUCAAGAGGUGCUGAUCAACCAGUCUCCUGCUGAUGCUCCUUCCGCGUCUUCCAGUGAACCCCCUCCUGCAGAUGCACUUUCCCCAUCAUUGCCGCAUGGACUUGGGAUACACCCAGAUGACUACGUGUUAUAUAAUGGAUGCUGGAUCCACAAGCAGACUAUAUGUCGACUAGUCAUCAACAAAGACUUCAUUUCAAAGUCACUCAAUCGGCUUGAACGACAUAUCACAGACAGGAAUUUAUUCCUUGUCAGGGAUAUUUUUCUUACAAUCCUUCACUCUGGUCAUAACCUUUCCAUUGGUGUCCUUCGCUCUACGUUGGCUAGCCUUAAUGGUGUAUCUCGCACGUCAAUCAACGUAACUAUCAUGACAUCUUUGUGCUCUACUGUGAAAAUCACAGGACAGCUCCUCAGUGUCAUUCCAACUGACACUUCACUUGAUGCCGCUCAGAUGUUUUUGUGGGAUGGGGGAUACAUCACUGCUCAAUCAGUUAUACAAGGAACAUCUGACUCUAUGGCGCAUGUCAUCAUUGUCACUGUUCUGGGUCCUCUCGUGGAACCCAUGAAUCCUGAACCGACUUUCCUUCGCAUACAUGAAGACAUCAACAGCGAUGCAUUUUCUCAAGUCAAUGGUGGCCAGAGCAUGUGGCAGAUCCCUCGAGAUGCCAUGCAAGCUGCCUGCGAUCUCAUCUGGGCAAAAACCACUCAAAUGAAGCUAUCACUCAGGUCUAUCGCAUCAGUCAUGCCAUUAGAUGUAAAGUCUUUCCCAUAUCAGUUCUCUGAUGGGACUGUUGUGGUUUUCUCGGUCGAGGCAAACAGCCUGCUAACAGCAUUGAAAGGAGAGUGUGUCGCGACAUGUCCACUGUGCAAAGCCAGAGUACCAGAUAUGCACUGUCAUGUAGGUCAACACAUCCUUCAUGCUUUGUGCAACACACCCGAGGUCAUUAGUAUGAAGGAACAGGUCGGAGAGACUUAUCUGUGCGGGUUCUGUGGUCAUUCAGAACGGGCCGAGUGUGCCAUCACAAUUACAGUGACCAUGAGUGGUGCACCUACCUGGGAGACUGAGUGUAUGUAUAAGCACAUCUUCAAAUAUGGAGUUGUCGACAACAGAUCAAAGAACAAGCCUUGCCGAAACCUCCCUCUCAAGUGCACAAUGUGCCAUCCGGUACUCCCCCCAGAGCCUGGGAGAUCUUCACGAAAGGCGCCUGUUCUCGCUGUUGACACUAUCUGGCGCUACAACAUGCUCGAGCAUGUUAUGACAGCGCAUGAUGAAUAUUUGGUUCCUGGACACAGAUCAGAGGGUGUCAAGCUGCCUGUGAGCAUCCAGAAUGAUAUGAUGCUGACAGACCUUGAACAGAGCACUGUGCACAUCCCAAAAGAGCGCUGGAUCACCCCGCCGAAUGUUUCGUCUGGGUUAGACAAGGAGAAUGUCCCCACAUCAAGUUCCCAUCCUGUCAAAUGCUCUAUGACCGCUUCUACUAGCUAG